AUGUUCAUUAAAAACGAAAACGUCGGUGACAGAUCUCGCUUGGAAGAUUGGAGAAUUAAAGGGUAUGAUCCAUUAACCCCCCCAGAUUUAUUACAACAUGAAUUACCUAUUUCUCAGAAAGGUAAUGAUAUCAUCGUGAAAGCAAGAGAUGCUGUCACUGAAAUUUUAAACGGUGAAAAAGAUGAUCGUUUAAUAAUCGUGAUUGGUCCAUGUUCUAUCCAUGAUCCAAAGGCUGCAUAUGAUUACGCUAGUCGAUUGAAAAAAAUUGCUGAUAAGUUAUCUGAUGACCUUUUGAUUAUAAUGAGAGCUUAUUUGGAAAAACCAAGAACUACUGUCGGUUGGAAAGGUUUGAUUAAUGAUCCUGAUAUUGAUAACACUUUCCAAAUCAACAAGGGGCUAAGAAUAUCAAGAGAAAUGUUCACAAAAUUAGUAGAAAACUUACCUAUUGCCGGUGAAAUGUUAGAUACCAUUUCUCCACAAUUCUUAUCUGAUUGUUUCUCCCUAGGUGCUAUCGGUGCUAGAACUACUGAAUCACAACUUCAUAGAGAACUAGCUUCUGGUCUUUCAUUCCCAAUUGGGUUCAAGAAUGGUACCGAUGGUGGCUUACAAGUGUCUAUCGAUGCCAUGAGAGCUGCCGCUCAUGAACAUUAUUUCUUAUCUGUUACAAAACCAGGUGUUACUGCAAUUGUCGGUACUGAAGGUAAUAAAGAUACUUUUGUUAUAUUAAGAGGUGGUAAACAUGGUACAAACUUCGAUACUGAAAGUGUUCAAGAAACUAAAAAACAAUUAAAAGCAGCUAAGCUAAUCGACGAAAAAGAAACUCAAAGAAGAAUCAUGAUUGAUUGUUCUCAUGGUAAUAGUAAUAAAGAUUUCAGAAAUCAACCAAAAGUUGCUAAGGAUAUCUACGAUCAAUUAACAGCUGGUGAAAAUGCUAUCUGUGGUGUAAUGAUCGAAUCUAACAUUGUUGAAGGCAGACAAGAUGUUCCACCUCAAGGUGGCCGUGAAGGUCUAGUUUAUGGUUGUUCCAUUACUGAUGCUUGUAUUGGUUGGGAUACUACCGAAGAAGUCUUGGAAUUAUUAGCCAAGGGUGUCAGAAACCGGAGAACUGCUUUGAAAAAAUAA